AUGUUGUCGUUUUGGAGGAGUAAACCUACUGCGUCGUCGACUGCUAACGACGAGACGAAUGGGGACCGCGAUUCAGCGAGCCCCCCGCCGCCGAGCGUUGUCACCGAGACGGCGACACCACAGCCUACGGCCGCUCCAAAGCCCCGUAAACCACGCAAGAGCACCAAAAAGGCCGCCCCCGCGGGCGAAGGCGGCGAGGUCCAGAAAGAGGGUGCGGACAAGGUAGAGGCUACGCAACCGGACGUAUCCAACCUCGGUGGACUCAAGGAGCUCAUUCACACUGUUCCCCCAAAGACUCUUUAUCAGUUUAUGGUACAGAGACUUGAUAUCCAAAAGCCAGGAGCACGAGGGAAGAAGAAACCCAAUCCAAAUGCAUUCCCCACGCUCGAGAAUGACUUUCCGGUCCUGAGCUCGUUCUUCACGGGCCUCGUCGUACCUCCCAAGAAGCAUUGCUUGCGAUGCCAUUCGGACUAUUUCGAUAUUGAGAACGGGCCUAGGAGCUGUGUGAGAGAACACGACGAUGACAGUGCCGUAGUCCGGCGAUCCGCCCAGGGUAUCCACGAGACCUUUUGGGGAUGCUGUGGACAAACUGUGGAUGGAGACGGUGACCAAGGACCACCUGCCGGUUUCUGCUUCAUCGGCACGCACACUUCUGAUCGCGAAGAGGCGCGAUACCGCCAGGAUGGAACUCCCGAAGACGACAAGCUCGGAGAUUGCGCAAAGCUUCGCUGUGGUACGCGCAAGCCUAAGCGCAAGCGUGCCACUUCGAUGGCCGACGACUCGGAGGAGGACAUGGACUUGAGUGCCCUGGAACCCCGGGAACGCCAUGCGAGACGUAAGAGCGAGGCGGGUCCCGUGAAGUACCUCGAACUCCAGAGCGAUGAGGACAUUGUCAUGUCGGACGAGGAGGAAAAGAAGUCCAAACCCAAAGCUGCCGGAGGCCGGGGCAAGAAAAAGACGGCUGAAAAGGACAAAGAGGACAAGAACGAGACGCCGGAACCAUCAAAGCCGCCGCGAGCCAAGGCGACUGGCCCAAAGGCAAAGAAGGCCCAGGAUGAAGCGGCUCCACCAACGGAAAAGAGCACGAAAAAGGCGACUAAGAAACGAAAGACGGAGGACUAA